AUUCAUCACACAUGCUUGUGUACAGUCCAUGUGGGAUGCCUCUAAUGCAACAAACACAGAUGAGUUUCCUCCAGAGUUUGGCUGCUUCACUCUCCUGGGCAGAUCUCGGCCUUUCUAAAGUCUGUUGCAUGGAAGCACAAAACAUCCAGGGCUGUCUGUGUUCUGAUGUAGAAUUCUCUGUUGAAACUGACUACAGUGAGGAAACAAGAUGUAGUAAUGCUGUACAGCAGAACAUUGAGCCAGAAUGGAGCGGUGCUGUAGAACAGACUCUGACCGUCUUCAUUUUCACUCAGUACACUGACCCCUUCCACUCCCAGAUCACUGACUUUAUAAGCAGUGAGGAGGUUUUCGAGGGAGACUUGGAUGCGGUUCUUUGGUACAACGGAGAUCAAGUGAGGGCGACUCUACAGUCAACCAUGAAAAAAACGCUGAAAGGAUUCCAGCGGAGACACACUGCCAGGCAGAGGUUGGAUCCUGCCAAAUCCAUUGUCUUGAGCUCAGUGAACAGUAUAAUUGCCAGCAGCAGCAGUGGAGAGUUUCGAAGAGCCUGUUUUGAUAGCAUGAGGGUCAAAAGCUCCUGCGAGCUACGUGUAUCUCUACAACAGUCGCUUCAAAGCAUUGUGGAGGGACGCUUUGCUCAAAAGCGCAUGUGUAACAAUGAAAUGAAGGAGGUGGAGGCUGUUAGCCCUGAACAAAGUAGUCUUGACAGCUGGGAGGAAGCAUUUGAAAAUCCACCAGAACUGCCUUCUAAGAGGGUUUACUGUGACCAUGAGUCCUUUAGCUUUAUCCCUAACAAGAGGCAAUGCUCAGAGCCGUUCUCUGAGAAUUCAGACGCCUUCGUGAACAGUGUCUUUGAGGCAGCAAACAUCCAGAGAGGUCCCCUGUCCCCUAUACAGCAUCCACAAAGUCAGCUAACUGGAAUGAUCGCAGACAUACCCUCAGCGCCGCUGAGCCUGGCUAAACUAAAUAAUGAACAGGUGGAUAAUUAUUAUGUGUAUAGUGUGCAUAUCCUAAUUGUUUUAUGCUCUAUUGGAUGCAAUAAUCCUAGACUAGAGUCAGAUAUUAUUCUGAUUACACAACUGUGAUUCUCAAUAGGUUGGCAAAGUGGAGGAGGGGUGCACAAACUCUGGUUUAGCUUCCCUGAUUCCAGAGUCACUUCCUUAACGUGGACACAGGUCCAGAACUGUUCCACAUCAAGCAGUGGUAAAGACGGAUCUCCAGGGGGCCCUGUAGAGCCAAAACCCACUGAGAAAGCACAAGCUGCACAGCCCUCUUCAAAAAUAGCUGAUUCCAAACCUCAAGGUCUGACGAAAGCGGAGAGCAUUCAAGUGAAAGUACGCGCCGUCCUGAAAAAAAGGGAAUAUGGCAUCAAAUACACCCAGAAUAAUUUCAUCACCGCGGUUAGAGCUAUGAAUGAGUUCUGCCUCAAACCCAGUGACCUUGAGCAGCUUAGGAAAAUCCGCCGACGUAGUCCCCAUGAUGACACAGAAGCAUUCACCGUCUUCCUGCGAUCAGAUGUGGAGGCAAAAGCGCUGGAUGUAUGGGGAAGUCAAGAGGCACUCACUCGAGAGAGGAAUCUCAGGAAAGAAGUGGAAAAGGAGUACCAAGAAAACACAUUUAGAAAUCAGCAGCUGUUGAAGGAAUACAAAGACUUCUGGGGAAACACAAAGCCUCGGUCUAGGAAGAGAGCAACAUUUCUAGAAGGGCCGGGAAAAGUGGUGAUGGUAGCUAUAUGCAUAAAUGGACUGAAUUUUUUCUUCAAGCUGUUGGCAUGGGUUUAUACAGGAUCUGCCAGUAUGUUUUCAGAAGCCAUCCACUCGCUGGCUGAUACCUGCAAUCAGGCUCUUCUUGCAAUAGGCAUCAGUCAAUCUGUCCGGAACCCAGAUGCCAUCCAUCCGUACGGCUUCUCCAACAUGCGUUACAUCGCCUCUCUCAUCAGCGGAGUGGGCAUCUUCAUGAUGGGUGCUGGCUUGUCCUGGUAUCACGGCAUUAUGGGACUCCUGCACCCUCAGCCAAUAGAAUCACUGCUCUGGGCAUACUGUAUUUUAGCAGGAUCUCUGGUGUCUGAAGGAGCUACACUAUUAGUGGCCAUUAAUGAGAUCAAGAAGAGCGCACGUGAACAAAGCUUGUCCUUUUAUGAGUACGUGAUGCAAAGUCGAGACCCCAGCACUAACGUGGUCCUGUUGGAGGACGCUGCCGCUGUGCUCGGAGUGACGCUGGCAGCUGGAUGUAUGGGACUCACGUCUCUUACAGGUAGCCCCUACUAUGACAGUCUUGGUUCUCUGGGUGUGGGCACCCUGUUAGGAACAGUGUCUGCCUUCCUCAUUUACACUAACACUGAGGCUCUGCUGGGCCGCUCCAUCAAGGCUGAGCAUGUGCAGAAGCUCACAGAGUUAUUGGAAAACGACCCUGUUGUCAGGGCAAUUCAUGAUGUCAAAGCCACAGAUUUGGGGCUGAGCAAAGUGCGCUUCAAGGCAGAGGUGGACUUUGAUGGGCGGGUGGUGACGCGCUCAUACCUGGAGAAGCAAGACAUUGAACAGAUCCUGAACGAAAUUCAGCAGGUGAAGACACCAGAGGAGCUGGAGAACUUUAUGCUGAAGCACGGGGAGAACAUCAUUGACACCUUAGGAGCAGAGGUGGACCGUCUGGAGAAAGAACUUAAGCAACGUAAUCCUGAGGUGCGGCAUGUGGAUCUGGAGAUUUUAUAAUGUCAUGAUAUGGGGAUCAGGAUGAAGUGGAAGGAGAACUAAUCUAAUCUCAAGCAACCUCCCGUCCCGUUCUCUCCAAAAAAGCAGCUGAGGUCUUAUGUUACACCUAUGCCACAUCACCAAAGCACUAACCUGUACAUGGUUUCAGUAGCUUGUUAAAAUAGCAACACCUUAGCCAAUACAAAGAGAACUCCAACUGGAUGGAGACAUGGCCAAUAAAGAUUGUUUAACAGUCAUUGGAUAAUAGGUCUAGAUGGUAGUUCGUACCACCAAAACCUUAAAAUCAUGUCCAUGAUUAUAAAAG